AUGGCAAUAAUCGGUUGUGACAGUAAUGGAUACAUGGAUGCCACCAAGUUCAGCAAACCGAUGCCAUGGAUUGGCAUAUACAUAGCAGCAGCAUCUCUUGCCUGUCUCAUAGCGAUGGGUGCAGAUCUCAUACACGGAUUUCGAGGCCGCAAACUUUGGUUUCCUUGCAAAUUCUUCUGCUUAAACGCCACUUCCUUGGCCAUAAUAGCUGUGGCAGUGAAGUUAUCAGUGGAUCUCAACACCCCUAUGCCACACCGCCAUGAUCAGUUAUCAAAACUCAGCAGCAGCGCCAUGAUCUGCACAAUAAUGGCCAAUUCCAUGCCUACUCUUGGGAUCACCGAGAACAAAGACACCAUGAUGAACCUCAUGGCCAUGGCCAUCCUUGUGGUUACCAUGAUUGUAAACAUCUGCAUCCAGUUUGUCACCGGUGUUAUCUAUUUGUUUUGGGUGGAACAUGCUGUCAUCAUGCUCCUCAUGAUAAUUUUAUUGAUGACCAUGACCUCCUCAGCCAUAAGUAUUCCAAAGAUGAAGCACUAUUUCGAGCUGAAACAUAAGAUGAAUGAAGAUGCACUUAAGGAGGGUUCAAAACUGUUUGGGGAGGAGGGGAAUCAAAUCGUCAACAGAAUCAGGGAUCAACUGAUGAAAAUUUGGAUGAUGACCCACACAAGCAGCCCCCAAUUUGUUCUUGGAAGGUCAGUGACUUGUACUGCUUCUGGCGCCUUUUGUCUUCUAAGUACCAUGACAUUAGUAGAGGCCCUGCUUCGAUCUUACUUGAUGUCAUGGUCGUUUGAUUUUUGCACUGGUGACAGUGACUACAAGUGGUCCAUCAUCUUAAUUCUCGUAGUUCAGGUUGCUGCAGUGGUGGUGGGUACUAUUGCUCCUGCUUUUAGAUGGUUCGUUGCCAUAACCUAUAAGUGCCCCAGUAUGAGGAAUAAGACCUGCGAGAGAAUGUUUCAUGUUGAAGGGUACUGGACUACCAAGCUAAUCUAUAUGAAAGAAAGCCCUCUUGGUAUUCGAAUUCAAAAUAGGCAGUACAGGAAGCUGGCUCAUGAUGCAAAACUUCUCCUAUUGUGUUUCUGUAUCAAACUGCAGGUGGGGAUUGUGCUAAUGAGUAAAGCCACCCAGUACGUUUCAUUAACCCUCAUGUGCUUGAUCUUGUCAUCUUUUGAUCAUUGCAAGAAGUUGAAAUCCAAAUUUAUUUCUACUGCCUCCAGCGUUAGCUCGGGAACAGAAUCAAAGUCUGCCCCAAAGCUGGAUCUUAGACGUUUUGUUUUGCAUCUUGAAGGCGAGGAAGAGUUAGUUGAGGUGAUGUUGAAACAGAAUCGCGAUGCCACUAUUCACUGGGUUCAAGUAGGAGAAAAAAAGCAGCCAAAACUUCUGAUUGAGUUAUUGGAGGAGAAAUGUUCUUUCUCGCAAGGAUUCAAGGGAGUGGAAACAUUUGUCAGUGACCAAGUUCUUUCUUUACAUUGUGUAGAAGCUCUAUAUAGUUGGUCGCUUCCUCUGGUGACACUAGCUAGCAUUGUAGUGGCACUGCCAAACAUCAAUAGAGAUUCGGUCAAAAAAUUGAUAAGUACUCUAAAUGAGGGACUCCCCUUUGUAAAGUUCAUAGAAAAUAACCUGGACAAAGAAGGAGAAUUGUUAAAACUCAGGUCGGCAGCAGAAAUUGUGUGGCUUGGAGUUGAUCUAUAUGAUAAGUGGCUAGAUGUGGAUCUUCAUGAGCUCUCACUUCAAGAUAAGAGCCCCAAAGAGACACUUGAGCAACUAGCCAAUGCUGCAAAAACCAGAUAUGAGAAAUUUAGAGGCAAAUAUAACCACAUAUGCGUCAAGGUAAGCCCUUCAUUAUGGCCUCACAAAGUAUCUGCAUCUCACACUAUGUACAGAAUAUGCAAAACUGCUCUCUUAAAUCAAGAAAUCUUAAGAGACAAUUCGAGUGAGAGGUUGUUUGAAGCACUUACAGCGAUGAUUGCUGAUAUAUUGGGUGCAUGUCUCACCAACUUACCCUUUGUUAUAUCCAACAAGUGUUUGAAUAGCACCAUUGAAGAGAGGGAGGACACUGUGAGAAAUGCAGUUUACAAUUUUGGCAAGACCAAGAAGAUUAUAGAAACGAUAGAAAAGAGAACAUUUCCCCGCGUGAAUUUCUGCCAAUGGACCUAUAUUGAAGAUUGGCGUUUAAUGCAGAAGCAAAACAGUUUUUUUUACCGUGUUCCAUCUUCACUGAAGAAUGAGACUCCUACAGAUUCUCCUACUUCAAGUGAUCUUUACUUAGAUAUUGACUAA